UAUAUAAGUCAUAACACCUCUUUUUAUAGGUAAAUAUGAGAUGACUGAUGAAAUGUAACGUGUGCUGUAGUCAAGCCAUACCUCUUUACCUUCAUCCUUUCCUUCCUUCCUUCCUUCCUUAGACCUUAGCCCACACUGGCUCCUCCUCCUCUGAGAGACGAUCAGAAAAACGGAAUUCAGAAAGCAGCAACUACCACCAGAUCAGUUGGUUAGUGGAUUUGUACCGCUUUCUUCCUCACUACCUCUUCUAUGGCUUGACGUCAAUACAUCAGGAUUACAUGUAGCCAUAUGUGGGACGUUUCUACGGAGAUGCUACAAUGACAGCAGUGGUGCUGGCCCGCCUGGCGUGAUGAGUCGCAGCAGCCCCUGUUUGUGGACGCCCCUCCCCCAGGCUGAGGCCUCACCAUGUGACCGCUACAAGCACGCCUGCUGCACCUACCAGGGGGAUGUGUAUGUCCUGGGGGGCCGCAGCACCCACUGCCUGCGGGACUUCUGGAGCUACAGCGUGGUGCGUAACGAGUGGACACAGUUGCCAUGCAAAGGUGAAGCGGCACCAGAGGAGCUGGAGGAACACUCUAUGGUGGCCCACGAGGGCUUCCUGUACGCGUUCGGGGGGACCCUGGACGGUGCGUACACAGGUUGGGGGUGUCCACUGUGGGUGUUUGACUUGGGGAAGAACAAAUGGGUCCACUGGCAGGGAAAGAAGACUGUUUGUCGGAUACCGACCAACAGGAAGAGCCACAGUGCAGUGGUGUUUGGUUCCUCCAUGUUCGUCUACGGAGGCUACGUCGACAUGAGGGGCUCCUCGCAGGAGUUCUGGAGAUUAGAUUUUGACUCCAUGUGCUGGUCUCUGCUGGGCGGGGAUCAGCAGUCUGGCCCGGGCCCCAGACACAGUCACUGUGCCGUGGCCCACCAGGAGACCAUGUACCUGUACGGUGGCCUGAGGGGCCUGCGAGAGCAGAGGGACUUCUGGAGCUGGAACUCGGGCAGUCGCUCCUGGUGCUGUCUCAAGACCACCUCCGGUCCUUCCAGGCUAGUGGGCCACACCGCGGUGGCCUACAGGGAUGGCCUGCUCCUGUACGGCGGGGGUCAGAGCCUGAACUCCCCCCUCAACUCACUGUGGAGGUACAGCUUCCGGAGCCAGUCCUGGGAGCGCCUGGCCCUGCUGCUCGGCUCCACUAGCCCUCCUGCCCGGAUCCACCACUGCUGCCUGGGGCUGGGGCCGAGCUACCAGCCCACCACCAGCCGAGGGUCCCCCCUCCCCAGAGUGGAAACCAAACCCAGGCCCUUCAAGAACAAGUGCUUCCCCUCCCCGCUGUCUUACCUGGGGACGCAACCAGAGGGCGCCAUCGAGCUGGAGACUUUUGAGAGAACAGAGAACGGUUUGACCAUGCGCUGCCCUGUCGGAGAGGGGAAACAAAACUGUCUGACUUUUGAGAACCAGGCGUUCUGCAACCGCUGGAGCUGCGAGGACAUGGAUGAGAACUGUGAAGGAGAGGACCUAGAGGAAAUGAUGAAGGAUGUCAUUGUCCAGAACCUUCCGGACCUUCUGCUGCUCCUUGGCGGGAAGCCCUUGGGCCAGCAGGCAGCCUUGUCCGUGUGGCAGAUGACCCUGACCGAACCCUAAAUGCACCCCUACUCAGGUGGCCCUUGUAAAGCAAGAACAAAUAAAUCGUUGUUUUGUUGAUUUUUUUUCAAAUAUAAUUGUUCAAUUAUUUAACGAAAGGUACACCUGGUUGGAAGAAGAAAUAACACAUACACCCCACCUCUCUUUCUCUUGCUGCAUGUGUUCUCAUCAGCCAAUGAUAAAUCCAAUCACUAAUGAGCAUGAGACUUGGUCUUGAAGGACUCAAAUUGGCAGUUUCGGAUAUAACUUUGAAUAAUCAAACAAUGUAUGUCUAUCUCCUUUCUAACCUAAUUUUCUUGACCUCGAUGAAAAACAUUUAAAGUUCAAGAAAGAUGUGAAGGAGAAUCCAUGAGGACUUGGGAAAAGACUUACAUUAGGCUACGUAAUUAUGCAAAGGCAGAUGUUGUGGAGUUGGGUCUGCCGUGAUGAAUCCACAAGGUUUCAAAGAUGGAUUUAAAAAAACUCAUCGAUACUGAGCCUGUGUGCUUUUAAUGUUGUGGUUUCGUACAGGCUAUAUAAACGUUGAACCCGGUGAAAAUAUUACAUCUUUACCAUGGUUGGAAUUGAAAUAAAGAAAGGAAUAUAGGGCGCCAGUCACAAAAUGGAAACAAAGUGGAUGCCACACGCUCACCCUCCUGUCCACACAUUUAUCGACAGAAAUCCAAAUUAUGAUUGUAUGAGAAUAAUUGUUGGUCAUGUUGAUAGUUUGUUUUCAUGAACAGCUGAACGGUGUUUCUUUAUAAUUUGCUUCCCCAAGGAAUUGUGGGAGAACAUUCCCUCCUUCCCUUUUGUAAAGGAUGUUUCAGUGCACCCUAUGCAAAAGGAGAUAAGAAACAAAGCAUCAAAACACAAAACACUUUCCUUCACACAGCUCUAUCAUUGCUGCCUCUCAGGUACGUCCAGGUCGUUUCACUUAGUUAGGAACCUUCCAGAGCAUAAAAAAAGACUAUUCGACCACAGCAAUGGUUUGUACAUUUUUGACCAAUUGUUUGUUUUGUCCCCGCCUUACAUCAAUGUUCUUAUUUAUGAACAGCUUUGGUCUUUGAAUAUGUAACAAUGGAUUUCAGUAGGACAGGAUUUAACUACAUUGUUUUGUGAUAUAUUUAAACACAUGCAUCAACCAACAAGGUGUCACUAUUAGGUUACAAGGCAGUGUGUGAAACUAAUAUGUUAAUUAUCAUUGUAUUAAAAGCCCUAUAGUAUUGAAAUCACACGUAGCAAUUCACAUGUGACACGCCACCUAGGUUUCUUUCACAUUCCACCUAGGUGACUUUAACUGGGUUCCAAACAAGUCCCAUUAGUCAGACUUGGGCCAGAUGAGGCUGCUUUACUAGCCAUGAUCCACACAAAGAUUUUGGAUUUGCUGUGAUGACACUAAUUGAACAAAUAUCUAAAGAACAUCUGAAAUUGCUGACUUCUUACUUAUUAUAAAUGCAAGCUUCCAUUUCACUCCAAGAUAUACUUGGCAGAUAAUAAUCUUUGGUUUAUGGAUUUCCUAGCCUAUGCUGACCGUUACAUUUUUAAUAACACCCUUUCUGUCACCUUAUUAGAAACACCAGCUUGUUUUUAUUAGUGUGGUUGUUUUGUUGCUUGACUUAGCACUGAGGAAAUAUCUUUCAAAAUAAAAAUAUAAAAUAAUUAGUUUUUCCCUUUUUAAGUCUCUGGGCCCUAUUUUAACGGCCUGAAACACAAGUGAGAAGCGCCAAACGAAAGUAGCUUUGAGGGCGGUGCUAUGGCGAUGUUGCUAUUAUACCGGCGGAUAAAUGACUCUUGCACCCGACGCAAAUCUAAAAAGGGUUGCCCUGAAGUAGCCUAAUUAACCGUAGGUGUGGUUUGGGUGUAACAUGUGAUAAACCAAUGAGAGUGCCGUCUCCCAUCCCCUUUAAGAGCCAUGAGCGCAUUUGAAGCUGACAUUGAUAUUUAGACAGCGCGUUUGCAGUCUCCGAUGAGACAGAUGCAUGAUGACCACACUAAUUUCAAACUUCAAAUAGCUCAGUUUAUGGCCAAAUAAUAUGGCCUAAUUCACACAUUGAAUAGGCUAGCGUUUCCUAAUACAAUUUCAGAAAUACUGUGUCGUCAUGCAAAUUUCGGCAAAGAUAACUUAACAAACAUAUGAUAUGCGGUCCUGUGGCCGCAACUGUUGGUCUAUUAAUGAUAUGCGGAAAUACGUUAACAAACAUCGUUUCUUACCAGUAUUGUAUAGGCUACAUUAUCGUUAUCAACUUGUGUUCCUAAUAUGCAUGUGUCCCCCCAACCGUUAAUAUACAUUGCCAUGUACAGUAUUAUGCGUUACGUGUUUAGUUUGCGAGUGUUUAAACAGAUGGAGGCAACGCGCGCGCCUUGAUUCAUUCAUUCAUUCAUGACAACUGUGGUUGAUAACUUACUGGCAUGUAUAACAAUUGAAAUCUGUAAGUAAAAACACAAAAAUGUCAUAAUUAGCUGUAUAUAUAGGGCUCCUGGGUCAAGCAUUGAAAUAUUUAAGGAAUGGAUAGAGUGCAUGUUUUCUCAAAUAGGGCCUAAAUAGAAAAAUAGUUUUUAUCUGUGGAGAUUUCAAUAUUGACCUGUUAAAUCCUAAUAAACACAACAUUACAGAGGAAUUUGUCAAUGCAAUGUAGGCCUACAGUAUCAGCCUAAUUCCGAAAAUCAUCAGACCCAGUAGAAUUACAUCCCACUGUGUCACUUUGAUUGAUAAUAUAUUCACAAAUGAAAUCGAAAACAACACAAUAAGUGGAUUAUUGAUUAAUGAUAUCAGUGACCACUUGCCAGUCUUUACAAUCUAUGACUGCAAUUACAAGAAUAAGCUAGAUAAACAAACAGAUUACAAACGAGUGAAGUCAGAAGAAUCCAUCAACGCCCUAAAAAACGACUUAAUGGCUCAGAACUGGGAAAUAAUACACCAAGAAAAUGACAUUGACUGUGCAUAUGAAAAAUUUCUACGAAUAUUUAGGUCAUUAUAUGAUAAAAACUGUCCAAUUCAAGAAUACAGUAUACAUCUAAAAUAUACCAAAUGUCCAUGGAUCACAAAGGGAGUACGAAAUGCCUGUAAAAAGAAAAACACACUUUACAGAGAUUUCCUAAGACAUAGAACUAAAGAUGCAGAGAAUAAAUAUAAAAUAUAUAAAAAUAAAUUAAUUAAUUUUAUAAGAACAAGCAAGAAAGAAUACUAUAAGAAAAUAUUAAAUGAUAACAAGAACAAUAUUAAAGGAAUAUGGAAUAUACUAAACAGUAUUAUAAGAAAUAGCCCUAGGCAAAUAAGUUAUCCUAAGUAUUUUAUUGAUAAGGAUAAAGCAAAUUAUAAUAUGGAUGACGUAGCUAACAGUUUUAAUCAAUUCUUUGUAAAUGUUGGACCUGAACUGGCAGAAAAAAUACCUGAUCCAGGGACAUCUGGUGAAGAUUAUGGUAAAUUAUUGGAGAGAAAUCCCUACUCAAUGUUUCUCAAAGCAGUAGAGGAGAAAGAAAUAUUUAUAUAAAAUAUAUAUAUAAAAACAAAAAGUCUACUGAUCUUAAUGACCUCGACAUGACAUUGGUCAAGAAAGACAUUGUGGGGAUUUCAAAACCAUUGACGUUUAUCUGUAACUUAUCAUUUCAAACUGGUACAUUUCCAAACAAAAUGAAAACAGCAAAAGUCAUACCACU